GCACAUUGUUCAAUGUUUACACCGCCGAACCGAUUGCCGUACCGCAUUCGUAACUCGGACGUCUUAAAUUGUGGAUCUUAGUCGCAUUCCUCAGUAAUUAAUUUAUAAAUUUAAUGUGAUUAAUUACAAAUUAAUCAUGAGUAUCAAAUCAAGUGACAAAGUAGCAACCAGACAUCUUAAUUAUCCGAAGACUAAAGUAAAACACAUAAAAUGUUACUUAUGUUCGACAAAUUUCUUUCUAUCAGAUCAUUCACACAUAAAAAAAAGACUGCCGGUACUACUGAACUGCGGACACACGAUAUGCGACAGUUGUUCUCGAUUACAAGUAAAAACAUCAUGCACUGCCUGUGCUGAUGGACCUGAUCUCGCUGCUGGUGGUGAUAAUGAUGUCGAGACGCUGUUUCCAUUGAAUGUCUACGUCCAUGGACUGAUCUAUCUUUAUAAAAGCAAACCACAUUCAAAUGUCCUCCCCAUCAAGGACGACACAUUUAAGUUUGAAAAGUCUUUAAAGGCACAAAUUAAUGAUGUCGAAGCUUCAGUCGUUGCAGAUUUUUGUAAUGAAUGCAGUAGUGUUGCUACAGCUCAAUGUUUAGGAUGUAACAAUGCGUACUUUUGUAGUAGUUGCUUCACUCAGGUACAUCAGCAUAAAGUAAAUAAAAACCAUGAAAAAGUGGUAAUCAAUCCACCAAAAACAAAUGCAGAGUCUAGAUCCGUAACGUGUUCAAUACACCUGACAAAUUGUCUCACAGAAUGGUGCAUCGACUGUAAAAAGCCUUGCUGUGAAAAAUGCGUCGCCCAGAGCCACAGCUCUCACAACCUUCAGCUUCUACACACCUUGAAUCAAUCGCUUCAGGAAGAGCUCCAGGACGUUUAUGGCAGAGUCCGAGAUAUGCUGAACAAUGUUUACACGUCGCAGUCGAAGGUAAAAAAGAUACUAAUGAAAGAGGAUGAUCAUUCAACAGAGGAGAUUGAAGUUGAAAUUAGCAAAAGUUUUGUUCAUAUUCAUGGAGUCCUGCAACUUCUCGAAGAGCGCAUGAUGCAAGUGGUGUAUGAAGAGAGGCGCAAAGAAAGGACACAGGUCGAGGAGAUUGAUAACAGCUUGCAGGUUCUUAAAGAACAGAUAGAGUCUGCUAUUGUGACCGCUGUAUUUGCAAAGAAGCAUUCAGAGAAUGUCAGUCAUCAAAUGAUAAUCGAUGAGUUUAAAGAACUAUUAAAGCUUCCGUGUCAUCUUGUAGAACCACAGUAUCUCGCUAAACAAUCUAAUUUAAAAUUUCAAAUAAAUUCUGAAGAAAUAAUAGAAACAAUAAAGAAUAACUGUGACAUUAUAAUGUCGCCUUCUAAUGAUUCAUACAAACUGGUUUGUAUCGACGAACUACAAAAUGACCAAAUUACGGACAAAUCUGAAAAUUUGUCACAAAUUCCUCCGAUUUUAUUCCAAAAGCAAACAGAAAAAUCUCCAGAAGUAUCACCGCCAUCUUCAGAAACAUCAGGCUCGUCUGGAAGACAAUCCCUGACAUUAAAUUCAGAAUCCGAGAGCUCAGUAAUUGAGUCAGAUACUUCAGCAAUGCAUUCUGUGGAGGGUUCGGCAAAAAGUAUCCGAACGACUGAAAAGCAAAUUAGAAAUGGCAUAGAGGUGACAAUCACACAUAUUGAUAACCCAAAUGCUUUCUACAUACGAGCGACGAUGAAUGAUGGAAAGUUUAGAGAGCUAGAGAAAAAAUUAGAGAAGUACAAUGAAGUUAACACUCAAGUACCUCGAAAAAUUGUUGAAGGUGGCUUGUAUGUAAUUCAUCGCAGUGGAAAUCCAAGGUGGUAUCGCGGACGUAUUAUGGGAUCUAAAUCUGCAGAGGGUCCAGUUUUUUACCCGGUCUACCAAGUGUUUGCGAUCGACCACGGGUUCACUGAUGUUGAAAUUGGAAUAGCUAAUAUCAGAAAUUUAUUCGAAGAUCUAUUAGAUAUUCCUCCGUUGGUUCAAAAGUUCUCGUUGUAUGACAUCUCACCGAUCGGAGAAUCUUGGUGCCGUGAUUCUGUCGCUCACAUGGAAGAAAUAAUUGACUCAGCUGAAAGAGCGCCAAUAUUAUACACAACCAAACAAGGAGGCAAAGAUUUACUAAUUCCAGUCAGCCCAACAACCUUCCCGCUAUCAUUGCGCGAUGCUUUGAUUUUUCUAGGCUACGGCAAGUUUAUUUCAACAGCUCGAUUAUACAGAAUAAAUCCUUCAGCUUCUAAUGUAUUCCACCAUGACCAUUUGGCUCCUGAUCAGUUAUUCGACGCUGUUUAUUUGAAUUCUUAUUCACCGGAAUGCAUUUAUGUAAGAAAGGCUUCUUACAAUGAACAUUAUUUCGAAAAUAUGGUACAAAAAAUGACUGAAGAUUACAAAAGUACCAAAAGAAUCAAAGGAUAUAUUUACUGUCCUGAAACUGGAAUGAACGUUGCUGUACCUCACGAAAAUUCGUGGUACCGAGGAGUAAUUGUUGAUAUUGUUCAAGUCAGAGUUAUUGAAGUUUUGCUAGUAGAUCUUGGUAUCAACACAACUAUUGAUUAUAAAAAAAUUCGCCGACUUGAUUCACGUUAUUCUCAAUCGACUGUACGGGCAAUUAAACUCUCCCUGAAAGACGCAAAGCCAUUGGACCCAGCCGAAGGCUGGUCACCGGAAACCAACGCAGCGAUCAAGCAAUUUAUGAAUCCGAUCAAUAUUCAAGUAGUCAUCUACGACAGCGUAACAAUUGACGGGUUUCUUCAUCACACUGCCUCGAUAAUAAACAAAAACCGCUUGUCACUGGCGCUGUACCUCCAGUAUUUAAAAAUCUCCGCUCAGACAGUCAGUACCGGAGUACUAGAAAAAAUGCAGUCCCGAUUCAAGAGCAUCCAGUCGAAGAAAAAGAGCUUCAAACGUCGCAAGAGUUCAAAGAAGCCCAAGAACCAGCUCCCGAAAUUGGAGGACCCCUACAAGGUCCAGGUGAUGAUCUCUCUGGUCAAGUCUCCUUUUGAAAUCUACGUGACGAGCGUCCACGAGAGCACGGCUAUCAACGAUAUAGUAAAGAAGAUGCAGCGGUUCUACGAAACUCACUCGACUGAUGAACAGGUUAAGCUCGUCGAAGACACUGUCUGCGCUGUCUACAGCAAGGACCACAACUGCUACUACCGUGCGAAGAUAAAGAAGGUAAUUUCUUCUGAAGAAGUCAUCGUCUUCUUGAUAGACUACGGGGAGACUGCCCAAGUGGCCGCGAGCGACCUUCUCAGCCUUGGAGCCGAGCUCUACGACAUUCCCAUCCACGUGUUCAAGGUUAAGCUCGCUGGAAUUGCUCCCUGUGGCGGGUCAGAGUCUUGGAUCGCAAGUUCUAUCCAGUCGCUUCAAGAACUUCUCGAUCAAAACGGAGACUUCUUCAUCAGCAAGGUCGCUGAGAGCGAGGACGAUGCCAUGCUAGUUGACAUGUUCUUCCAACAGUCGAUAGUUGACGACCCUUGUGCUCCAGCUCGGUCAGAAACUUGGACAAUCAACCGCGAGUUGGUCGACAAAGGCUACGCGCUUCCUAUCAAGGGUUUCAAUGAUCGGAAACUUAAAGUCCUGGCCAGUGAUCUUCACGAAGAAAUGAAUUUCAGCUCCUGUGACUUGUCCAAACUUGGAACCAGCAACGAGUCCAGUGAAGAAAGUGAGGGUGGAGAAAAUGAUGAGGAUCCUGAAGAAGAAACUAAAUCUCAGGACAGCGAAAAAACGCUUAAAGACGAAAAAGAAGGAGAAGAAAAUCCUGAGUUCAAGGACGUUCCUUUUCCGAAUUUUGCAGCUUUUCCUUCGGAUAUUCCUCAGUGGCUCCCUGCGGAACCAAUUGAACUUUCAGAGCCGUUCAAUGCCCUGGUCACUGACAUCAACUGGGACGGCUAUCUUCAUCUGGUACCCAUUAAAAAUAAUUGUGACACGAUUAGGUGGAUUGAAAAUACUCUCAAUGAAAAAUUCCGCGACUCGACUUGGAAGAAAGAAACCUGGAAUAUUGGAGAUAUGUGCAUUGCUAAGUUCCAGGACACCUGGUCCCGGGCACUGGUACAUCGCGUUCAAGAAAAAAUUGCAAUUGAAUACAUCGACUACGGGAAUAUGAUGUGGCAAGACGAGAAAUUUCUACGCAAAGAACUUCUUCUUGAGAACGUUCCGAGACAAGCUACCAAGUGCAAGGUUUAUGAGAUGAUUCCUGAUACUCCGAAUACAAUCUGGCGGCAGGAAGAUUUGGAUAAGCUUCACGUUUUGUUGGUAGAUAAAGUUUGCCAGGUUACUAUUGUCUCACAGUCGCCGGAGGUUUUGGUCAUUAUUGAGUUGUUGGAACCUAAAUGCAAUUUGAUAACUUAUUUAACGGAGAAUUUUAUUGUUAAACUAAAAAAGGUAAUGUCCGACGAUGUUAUGCUGAACGGAAAAAAUUAUAAAAUUAAAUAUGGGGGUCAACUUGAAAAACUUGAAGACGAAGAUGAUUCUGAAUCGGAAAAUUCCGAUGAUGUUAUCAUAGAAAUAGAAGAUAUGACAGACCUGGACCUUCAGUCGAUGGAAAUUGAAGCGAACUUGGAAGCUGAAAAUUACCACGAAAAUAAUGAUGAUUUACCGGAAAAUGACUUGUCAAUUUUAAUUAUGAAGGAGCUGGGACUGACAAAUGGUGACUUCAUUCCUUCAGAAGGUUCAAAUUACCCGAUUUUCACCUUGCCGGUAGAGGUACGAAGCUUCGAAGCAGUAAUGGGCCACGUUGACACUUCAAAGCCCAAUAUUGUGUACUUGCACCCGAUUUCUAGCAAGGAUCAUCCGGCAUUUCAGUACUUCAAGAAAAAGUAUGACGCGAUGAUGUACUCCAUUGGGUUCAAUAUUGGUGAUUGCUCUACAUUGCCGUUCUUUGAAAUAGGCGACCCUUGCUUGGCCGUGUACAGUAAAGACAACGCCUGGUACCGAUGCACGAUCAUGACUGAUCGAGGCAGUGAUGGAUUGACUCAAGUCGAGUUCAUCGACUGGGGCUCGGUCGAGUGGAAGAGCAAAGAAGAAAUACGGAAAAUUCCCAAGGACUGGAUGAAGGUUCCGAGGAUGGCCAUCAAGUGCCGGCUCUGGAACACCCGGAUUACGGAUAAUUCUUCGGGAGCUGUUGAUUGGCUCCACAAAGCUUGCGAAAAGGUCAAGUUUAAUGUCCAGGUUAUGAAGCGAGAAAAUGGAUGCACUGUCGUUCAAAUUUAUGACAUGAAGAAUCCUCAAAGACUUUUCUACCAGCCUUUGAUUGAUCGCAGAGUCUUCGAAGCUGAGUUAAAAGAUAUUUAUUAAGAAUUAUUGUGGGGGAAAUUUAUUUAGAAUGCUAGAUGAGGAGAAAUUUUAUUUUUAUUUUAUUAUCAGUUGUGUUCGUAUUUUUUAUUUUUAGUUUAAAACUCCAGAGUUUUCAAGAUUCUUUAGCGUCUCAUUGAAGAUUUAAGUAAUUAUUUUUUUAAUACUUUGCUUGAUUAAGUAUUUUUGUACCAAAAAUCAAAAUAUGGUAGCUUAAGUAAUUGAUAAAAGUAUUAUUAAUCUGAAGAUUGAUUAAGGUUUGCCAUUAAUUAUAAGUUUAAUUCAGUUUAAUAUUUCUUAGUUUUGAUGAAAGUUUUGAUGAGAUUGUAGUAGAAUUUAUUUUUUUCUAUUGAUAUGAUUAUUCCAUAAACAUAUAAGUUUUCUUUGUGUGUUUCUUUAUAAUAAAAUAUUAUAAUUAAU